AUUAUAGUUCAUGCAUCUCCUGAAGCAACUAAUGAUUUUGCUCAAAGUUGUUUAGCAAUUGAAUCAAUGACAAGAGAUAUUUAUACACCUGAAGUUGGCGAAGUAUUAAAUGUAUCUGCUGCUAUAAAUUUUUACCAAGUCAAAUUAACUGAUGCUUUGGUCAGUUCUUUGAAAUUCUCAAAACUUGAUGAUUACAAUAUUGCUUUUAUCAAUGGAAAGAUUCUAUUCCCACCCGAUUAUUCAUUACCUAUAUUAGAUGUAGUACAAACUGAUGAGUUAAAUUCAAGUAAUCAUAAUCCAGUAUUUGUAGGCGAAGUAAAAUUGACAGAAUUAAAGCGAGUUUUACAGUCAGAAGGUAUUGUCGCUGAAUUUAAAGGAGAAGGUAUUUUGGUUUGUAAUGAAAAAGUGGCUGUACGAAAGACUUCGACGGGUCAAUUAAUUUUAGAAGGUUUUGGUAGUUAUAGAAUAAAUUUGAAAGAAAUUAGUUAUCAAAAUGCUCUUGAACAUGCUAUAAAAUCUGGUAUAAAUGUUAUUGAUACCAGUGCAAAUUUUGAAUUGGGUGAAUCUGAAGAAGUAAUUGGUAGCGUUCUUGAAAAUAUGUUUAAGAAAGAAUUGGUCUCUCGAGAAGAUUUGGUGGUGAUAUCUAAAGCAGGUUAUUUUGAAACAUCAAAUAUAGAAAGUUUAGAUAAUUCUUUUGCCAAAGUUUCAAAUAAUUCAGCACAUUCAAUUGCACCAGAAUUUUUAAUGGGUCAAAUUAAUCAAUCAUUAAAAAGAUUAAAACUUAAUAAACUUGAUAUAUUUAUGCUCAAUAAUCCUGAGAGAAUGAUGCAAGCUAAGAAUAAGCUAUAUUCAAUUAAUAAUUUAUAUAAUGAUAUUAAACAUGCUUUUCAUUACCUGGAUUCAGAGGUCACAAGAGGAAGAAUAAAAGGUUAUGGUAUAUGUUCAAAUACCAUGGCCAAACCUGAUGCAAUUGAUCAUAUAUCAUUAUCAACUAUAUUAGAAAGAUUACCUGAAUCUAGUAAACAGAAUUUUUUUGCAAUUCAGGUGCCUUUUAAUUUAUUUGAAAGAGAUACAAUUAUGGAAUUUCAAGAAUAUUCUCUUGCUCAAUAUGCAAAAGUAACUUAUGAACAAAUUACAAAUGAUUUGGCUGAUGAAUUUCAAAAACUUACUCAAUUAGAAACUGAAUUAAAUGAAUCUUUACAAAAAAUAACAAAUUUAAUUAUCUCAUAUGCAUAUUUUAAUUUACUUUCCAUGAAUAAUGAUCUUGAUUCAAUUCUUUCGACAAUUUCUCCUUCCCUUCUUUUGGAUGAUGAUGAUGAAUCACAAUUACAUAAUUCAUCUUUAUCUGUUAAAGCUCUUCGUAUAUUAUUAGCAAAUUCUUCUGUUGGUUGUAUAUUAGUAGGAAUGAGAAAUAUAAAUUAUGUUAAUGAUUCAAUUUUAGCAUUGAAUUUGAGUGAUGAUGAUUUUCUUACUGUGGAAUCAUUAAAAGAUAUUUAUAAUUGUUCUUUAUUACAAUAA